CAAAUCUUCAAGAUAAAUGCAAAUGUACUUAAAAUAUCACAUAAAGUCUAUUUAGAAAUAAAUUGUUACCCUAUUUUUGUACUAUUUAAAUGUAGAUAAAACUAUUUUUUAUAGACUGUAUAUAUGGAAAUUGAUUUUCCACGGUCGAAAGAGAAAUGAUAAAGUUCUCUCUUUCCCUCCCUAUAUACCCCCUUCUACUUGACCGAAUCUCCCCAGAGACUGAACUUGUCCUUUAAUUGCGCAGGCCCUGUUUUAUACAUAUAACUCUCGGCCUUGGCCCGAUCAAGAGAGAUGACAUUAAACGACGCCCGGCCGUAGAGGAAGCUUGACAAACAGCGUCCAAUCAAGCGUCUACUCCUCUUAGUCUAAGUAGAUGAUGGCCGAGAUUUUUCAAUGAAAGAAACUCGUAGCGACACCUUACGAACGUCAAAGGCUAAGAAUAAGAAAGUAUCCGAAAGCCCCCUAAAAUGAAACACGCUCCCAAAAGAAUUGGUAUAUCUGUCAAAUAUCUUGAAGAUAAUCCGAGAGAAGAAGCCGACAUAGAUGAGGAAGGUUCAAGAGGAUACUGGAAUAAUAAACUUGAAUUUAUUUUGGCUACAACAGGUGGGGUAGCAGGUCUCGGAAAUAUAUGGAAAUUUCCCCAUCUAUGCCAAAAAUACGGAACUCCUUUUCUACUAUGUUAUGCAGUUGUUCUAAUAUUGAUGGGUCUUCCAAUGGUCCUCUUUGAGUUUUCCAUCGGUCAAUUUACUAGUGGUGCAGCGUUAACUCCGUGGAAUUUUAGUCCAGUACUAAAGUCUGUUGGUAUAUCAUUUAUUGUUAUUUCUUCGAUAACUGGUAUCUAUUACCAAACUAUAACUGCCUGGGCUGUUUGGUAUUUCGUGAAUAGGUUAACAAAUGUUAACAAUUUUCCAGGAAUUAAAUGCGAUAACGAGUGGAAUACUCCAUAUUGCGCAGAACUCGCUUUGGAUGAUGUAGCAAAGAAUUGUAAUAAUGAGACCAUCAUGGAAAAGUAUAAAACAUAUGUAGAUAAGAGAACUAACUACUGCUAUGGUGAUAGAAAUUUGACAUUUGGAGGAAAAGCUGAAUUAUAUACUAAAGUUCCAUUAGGCGCAUUUAACGAAUCCAACAAGGUCGUCUGGAUCUUGCCAACCUCUGAGUACUUUUUUAAUAGAGCGGUUAUGUCAAAGAAUUACCACUUAGAUGAUUUUGGAACCAUUCAUUGGGAAAUUGUUGUCUGUUUAUUUAGCCUUUGGGUUAUUUCUUUUCUAACUCUAAUUAAGGGUGUAAAAUCGUUCGGAAAGGCCAGUUGUAUUUUUAUGGUAAUAAUUCUAGUCCUCCUUCUAUGUUUGUUAAUCAAAGGUUUUACCCUCGAAGGAGGCUUCAAAGGUUUGAAGUCAUUUUUUCAGGAAUUCGAUAGUUCAAAAUUUCAAUACGUCAACAUCUGGUAUGAUAGUAUAGUGCAGGUGUUUUUUUCGCUCUCUCUAUCUUGGGGAUUUUUAAUAGCCUCAGCCAGUUUUAAUCGUUUCCAUAACGAUGUCCUAAGAGACAGCAUUGUAAUUGCUCUACUUGAUUUCGGUAUUGCAAUCGCUUGUACAGUAAUUAUAUACUUAUUUAUUGGUGAACUUGUUGUUCAAUCAUCUGCCAUCAAGGACUUUAGUGUGAUAAAACCAGGUUAUGAUUUGGUAUUUACGACAAGUUCGUAUGCACUUUCGUUUGGAGGUCAAUCCGCUAUUUGGUACGUGCUAUUCUUCCUGCUCGUAAUCACGCUUGGUUUAAGUACAAGCUGUAGUUUGGUACUUACACCUUCUGUUUCAAUUUGUGAUCAUUGGCCGGACACACUUGGAAAGAGACGAUGGUUAAUUAGUCUAAUAUUUUGUAUUUUAAUGUUCAUAUUGGGUUUACCCUUGUGUUUCAACGGUGGAAUUUUUUUGAUUGAGGUUGUCGACAACUAUAUAGAAACUUUUAGUUUACUUUUAUGUUCGAUUACAUUUGUAGUUUUGGUUUACAUUUAUGGAGGGAAUAGGUUUACAAAUGAUAUUGGUAUAAUGAUUGGUAAAUCAGGGUGUUGUAACCUAUUUCAAUGGAAAAUUUGUAAAUUUUGGUAUCUAACAUUAUGGUCUAUUGUUGUACCUGUUAUAGCAGCUUUCAUUUAUAUAUAUUCACUCAUAGAGUUUAAACCCUUAUCUGGUGACUUUGCUAGUUGGGCUAACAGUUUGGGCUGGUGCAUAGGUGCGACACCACUCUGUACUUUCGUAGGUUUCAGCAUUUUUAUUCUGGUCUAUUAUUUCAAAACAGAUUCGCUAAAAGCAGCGUUUAAGCCCACAAAGUUCUGGGGACCUCAACUUCUUAGGCAUAGAAAAUUAAUAAUCUAUGCUCGUGACUUCGAAGUAAACCCUAAUGGAACUAUUAUUUAUCCCAAUGACCUUCCAAACAUAUACAAAAAUGAUGAAUCAUCAUUUGCCUAAAGACGAAAGAAAGAAGGAGAGAUGUAUGGACCAAAGAUUCAGAAUGAAAUUGAAAAUAUUACUCAAACCUAUAUAGUAAACACUUUAUGAAUUACAGGAAAAGUUUUUGCAAAAAUACUAUUCUAUUUCAAUUAAACUUUCUUAAUACAAACAGUUUGUUUCUCUUCCUAAAAAAGAAAUUAAUGAGAAUUAAA